AUGCAGCCCAAACCACCGGGCAGCCGGUUGAAACCGGUUGCUGAUACGCUGGAGAGUGUCGGAUUUGUGUCAAAGGGGGACAAGAAGCUGUUGAACCAUCGAGCUCAAAAUGAAUACUUCAACAAGAUCAAAGACCGCUACGUGAAAUUCUGCGUCGAUAACAAAAGCAACCUUGAAGCUGCAUUAAUAUCAAUGCCUACGAGCGCCUCGGGUGAUGCAACCUCCAAUCCGCCAGCUGCUCUGCCAUCCGCGAAGCAAAGCACCGUCGAGCGAACCAUUCCGUCGCCGUCGUCAGAGCUGUCAACUCUCCUACUCUCGUUGCGAAAGCUUCGUGAAGCUUUACUCGCUACAGCUAAAGAGACACCCGUGGAUUUCAUCCAACGCGUUUACGCCUUCUCAAUCCAAUUGGCAGUUCGCGCUCGGCACCCGCCGUCGUACUUCCCGUCCUUACGCUAUAGUCUCGAGAAAUUGCAUACGCGAUCCCAUCCGCUGAAUCAAUCGGACUUGGAAGACGUGAUCUCCUACUUGAUACUCGACUAUGCCUGCCGACAGGAUGAUAUGCUGUCUGCCUUCGAGCUGCGCGCGCGUGCGCGCAGAGACUUUGCCUUCUCCGACCAAGACAUUGAUCAAGUUCUUGUCGCAUUGAUGCAUGGUAACUGGGUCGUCUUCUGGCGAGUGCGAAACUCCGUCGACUGCUUCAGACAAGCCAUCAUGGACUGGGCCAUGGCUCAAAUGCGCCGGCGCGCCCUCAAAGCCGUUGGUAGUGCGUAUCUCAGCGUGCCGGUUGAUUGGGUAUUGGGUGAAUGCAUAGGAUUCGAUGAGGGCUGGACAUGGGAAAAGCUGGUCGAACACGAAAAUCUCGGCUGGGAAAAGGACGGCGAGAAUAUCAUCAUCAGGCGCCCAAAGACACGAACUCGGUUGAAUCCAGAGGCAGCGCCCGUCAAUAAGGCCGAGUCUUAG